AUGUCAAAAGUUAGUCUUCCGCACUUACUCGGAAAACGAAACCUGUUUUAGUGCAAGCCGGACCAUCGAUUGUAUCUUCUUUACGUCAUCGAUAGCAUUGUUCGUGCGUCAAAAAAUCAACUAAAAGAAAAAGACGUGUUUGGACCACGCUUCAUCAAACAUUUCGAUAAGUUUUUGGAGCCUUUGUUGCGAUGUGAGCAGAAGGUGCGUCUGAAAACUGUUCGGACGCUCAAUCUAUGGAUGUGUAACAAUGUGUUCGCUGGAAACAAAAUUGAGCCCUACCUUGAGAAGUGUAAAAAUGCGGGAAUGAGUGAGUUUUUUUGAGGCUACGCCGAGCCAGAACUGUCCCGAAUGACAGUUCUGAUCCGGGACAGUUCAGGCUUGGCCUAGCCUUUUUUUUUAAAUAUGUUCACAAGGCUUUCUGAAACAGGGGCCGCUGUGCGGACCGAGCUGCCGCUUGUUUGUUUCUACUAACCGUUCGAAAGUUCACGUGUUCAUUUCUUAAUUUCUCCGUCACAUUUGUUUUCGUUUUCGAAAUGAAAGUGGGGACGGACAAACGGAGAAAUAAACAAACAAAAAACAGACGGACAUACCCGUGAAGAGUUAUAUUAAUAAAAAUGAUGAUACUCUGGCAAAUCGAUAUUAAUCUAAUUAGAAAGUUACUGAUCUAAACGCAACCUAAUUAAAUUCAGCUGUUUUUUCUUGGCGCAAUCGAGAUUUGAGCUAACAAACGGUUGGCGUGAAACUUGAUUUGAGCACUUAUUAAUCUAGCUAGACAAUUUAUUAAUCUAAUUAGGUGUCAUAUCAAUCUUAUUAGGCCGCCGUAUAAUUCGAGUAGACUACGAUUAAAUUAAUAGCGAAAUGCCAGAGUAUGGGUAAUCGGCAAAGGCGCGCCACUUUUGCGCAAACUUUACGCAGCUUUCGCGCAAUGUUAGCGCAGCUUCUGCUGGCUAGUUCCGCAAAAGCUGCGUAAAGUCUGCGCAAAAGCUGCCAAUUUCAAAAGUUUGCGCAAAAGCUGCUUAAAGUUCGCGCUAAAUGCUCAUUUUGUUUUCACUUCAUUCGUGCAUGAAAAUACAACUUUAUUCGGAAAAAAAGUAAAAAAAAUUUAAAAAUACUUUGAAAGUGAACAUAAGAAUUACAAAUCAGUGAGUGUGUAAUCUUCAUCAACAUCAUAAUUGGGCAUAGUUUCGGAUGUGGACGGACGUCCGAAGUGUUCCGCGGAGGGCUCCAAUUGCCUGUCCUCUGUGGGACGGAAAAAGAGCAAUUGUUAGCGCACUGAGAUAAAGGAGAUGUCACCUUUCGUAAUACAAAUGUUCUCGAUCAAAUGAACAAGCCAGAGGAAUCAUUAGUUCCUCUGCAAGUGCGCGACCGAGCGGAGGCUCCGACGCACAUUUCUGCUUCCUGAAAAUUAGGUUGUACAAAUGUACUACAAAACUUUUGUCUUACGAGCGAAUCAAAUUUUCCGGAUUGAACGAGCGCAAUAGUCCGUUCGGUACGCAUUCGUUCUCUCCGUCGGAUCACGCAUUGUAUCUGCCCACACGGAAGACUUUGUUGAACUUGAAAUGUGUUCACCAUCACCCAUUUCAUGGAAUGCAGACGUAGCUCGAUCAACAUUCGGUUCCAUCUUCUUCCUGCUGAACUGCUGUUCCACUCCUCUUCUGAAUAAUAUCUCACGUAGUCACAUAACACUCUUAAUCCGAACGGAACUCACCGAGUCUCCGUUUCGAGACAAAUCACUUUGGAACUUUUUCGCUGAAGUCGAUAGUUUCGUCCGGAUCCAUUUUUCUCUUCACAGUGGUUUUUUUCUAUCUAAAUAACAAAAGAAUGCGAAAUAGUACAAAAGUACGAGCAUGUGAAUCGUUCGAACCAGGGUUGGGCAAUUGGCCUGCACGGGCUUUUCGUUGGCCGGCCCUUGACCUGGACCUUUGAACCACUUGCAAUAUUCCGAUCGGACCCAAACUUUGCAGGCUUCUUGGACAUGGGUUGAAGCAUACUGGGACCAAGUUUCAGCCCGAUCGGAUCAUCUGGUCCCGAGAUUUGUGGAUCAUUGGCCGAAAUUGGCCGGAAGCCCGGGCUUUUUGGAAAAAAUCGGCCAAUGAUCCACAUAUCUCGGGAGCCGACGAUCCGAUCGGGCUGAAACUUGGUCCCAAUGGCCCUCAAUCCAAGUCCAACAAUCCUGCAAAGUUUGGGGUCCGAUCGGAAUAUUGCAGGUGGCUUUAAAGUUCAAUGGUCGGCCAACGAAAAGCCCUGGCCGGCCAAUUGCCCAGCCCUGGUUCGAACAUCUUAAAUAAUGCGGUUAUUCAGGCUGUGAAAAAAUGUUUGUUUUCUAUUUUUUUUUCGUUUUUUUACGUCAAAAAACCCAAUUCAGCGAUGUAAAAAAACGAACAAACAGAAAACAAACGUACGCUGAAUAGCCCCAUAACUGUGAAGUACUCCGAAUUCACGUGAUUUUAUCCAUAUUUUCAAUAACACUCGCUUCUAAACGAAAUCCGACCGAAAUUUCGCUUGAAAUGCGCUCAAACCGAGGAAAUACGGAAAAAGACAAGUUGUUUCAAUUUGAUAAGCAAUAAGACGCAUAAAAAAAAGCUGAAAAAAGCAAAGAGUACUGAAAAUGCAAUGUUUUCACAACAAUUUCGUCAUGCCUUAAAGUUUGCGCAAAACCUGCGAAAACACUAAAAGUUUGCGCAAAACCUGCGAGAACACUUAAAGUUUGCGCAAAACCUGCGAAAAUUCUUAAAGUUUGAGCAAACGUGGCGCGCCUUUGCCGAGUAUGCUUGUCGCAAAAUUCUGGCAAUCGCGCUCGUCAGUGCUGAAAUAGAAAAGCCUUUUUUCAGUUGUCGGAGUAGAAGAAGUCGAAAAAGCUGUGAAAGGGGAUCAGGCAGACAUGAAUCUUUACAAUGGCGAAUACAGAAAAAAACAGAAAACCACGAAGACUCCACCAUCAUCCGAUAACGGUUUGCUUGGAGCUGGACCAUCGACAAGCCUUCUUUCAUUGUCUCACAUUCCUACUUUUCCGCUUUCUGAAGAAUGCGUUGAUGAAACAAUUAGCGAAAGAGAAAUGCUUGAACUGGUGCAGAAAUGUGGAAUUGAUCGUCAAGGACUGUUAAGCAAAAACAAAGAGCUUUUGCAAAAAGUACUCUGUUUCUUUUCGGGUACUUUGAAGUCGAAAAUCACUGAGAUCAAUCUCUCAAGAAAUGAGAAAGAUAAUCACUCGGGAAGCAGUAUUCAAAACGUACUCACAAAAGAUUUCGAAUACUCGGACGACGAAGAAGAAAAAGAAAAAGAGAAAGAACAAGAUGAACCCAAGCGCCCAAGUCACGACGAAAUUUUUGGGUAUCUAAGAAGUUUUAACCUUUUUUAAUACUGUUCCUCUCAGAUUAGCGCAAAAGAUAUUGGCUGUGCCUGCCGUCCUUUCUCAAAUUAACGAAAUUUUGAAUCCUCGUUCGACGUCCUCUCAGCCGAUUCCAAAUCAGACUUCAAAAUGUGAUCCUUCUUCGUCUACAGGCUCAUUAUCUAUCGGUCAUGCGCCCACUCUCUUCGGCUUACCAUCGAUGCCCGGAUUCCCGGCGCUGCCAAAUUUAUCACAGUUGAACGCAGCUCAGUUGUUAAAUGUCCAGAACGCUCAGAAUCUUAUCGUACGUAAACUAAAUUCAUCGCUAUUUCCCCUCGGUGUUUACAGACUCAAAACAAAAUUUCUGAAAUUAGACUUGAUUACGCAAACACCGAGGGGGCAAGAGCGGUAAAUUGAGUAUAGUAGUUAAUAGAUAUACCCAUUUUUUGAAACAUAUUUUCAGUUGCAACAGCGAGCUGCCCAUUUCCAAGCUCUUCAAAGUCUUCCUGGUCCGCAACAAAAUCUUCUGAUGCUGGGGGCCCCUAUAAUAAACGCUUUUGGUAUCCCAACGAAUGUAAACCCACUUCUUCCUCCUGUCGAUUUGCAAACUGCUUCUGCGAAGCAACAGGCAGUCACUGUCGGCGAAGGAGCAAUUAGCGAAAAACAAGAGCUUAACGAGGUCUGUUUGGGAAUGCAUUUCACCAAAUAAAUAAGUUUUUUUCAGGACUUAUCUCGAUAUCGCUCUUCUAAAGAAAGCCGUGAACGUAGAAAAAUGGGGCUUCCUUCAGUAAAACAGGGUUUCACAAUCAGUAAGUGUUUUAUGGGGUUAUUCAGCGCAUGUUUGUUUUCCGUUCAUCGCUCAAUUAAGUUUUGUGACGUAAAAAAACGGGGAAAAAACAUACGCUCACUUUAAACUUUAAAUCAAUUUAAACUUCUUUUCAGUUGCAUCGCGAACUCUGUGUUUGAAGAAGGUCCCGGCUAAUGUCACAGAGAAUGAACUGAAGCAAUCUGUUGAAUCAUGUGGUGAAGCCUCGCGUAUUAAAAUCAUUGGCAAUCGAGCUUGCGCAUUUAUCACAAUGGAAACUCGCAAAGCAGCCAACGAUGUGGUUCAAAAACUUCGUGAGCUUAGCAUAGCUAAAAAGAAACUGAAAGUGUAUUGGGCAAGAGGGCCGGGAACGGACUCGGAGCUUUUCACCGAUUUAUGGGACUCAAAUCGUGGUAUAUGGGAAAUCCCAUACAGCAAGCUACCAAACGAUCUCUUGGCCGUCUGUGAAGGAGCAGUUCUUGAUCUUGAAUCACUUCCGGACGAGAAAAGAAAUCUAUACAAAGAAGAUGGUGAACGGAUUUUAUCUGUUCCGCCUCCGAUCUCCUCCAUGCAGCCACUAGUUCCGCAGCCCCCAGUUCCGCAGCCCCCUCUUGGAUUUCAUUUCCCAAGUAAAAGAAACGACAAAACCGGAAAGAAAUACUUUGUUUCAGUGCUAGGACAGUUUCCUGGACAUUCGAAUUUCAGUAGCAUCGGAGCGCCCAAGCCGAAUCCGCCUGGCGUCCCUCCAUUGGUUUGGUACCAAACAGAGUUAUGCUCGCUAAUCACAUUGUUUUGCAGCUGAAUCUGUCAAUUCCUCCGCCACCUACUACUUUAGGUGGAUAUCCGCCUGCACCACCGCCGCCUGGUCUCGGAGCCCCUCAGAAUAUUCCUCCACCUGGAUUUGAUCCGAACAAGCCACCUCCAACGGUAGUUUUUUCCCGUAACAACAAAAAAUGUUUGUUCAGUUCCAGCAAACUUUCAAUACCUCUGCUCCACCACCACCGUUUGCUCACAACGGAGGAGCUUCAACAAUGUUUGGAAAUAACAGUGUUCAACCUCCGGCCCCAUUUCGUGGAGUACGAGGAAAUGGAGUACACAUCGACUCGCCAAGACGAGGAGGGUCUUCAUUUCGUCCAGAUGGACAUGAACGGCCUCGUUUAAUGGAUCAGAGCGAAAUGUGGAGGUAACGCGGCUUAUUGGUCUUGCUUCCUUGUGUUUGGGUACUCGAACUUUUCAACUGUGACAUUUUAUUGGGCACAACGGCUGAAUUCAUUAUUAAAUUUUUUGAUUUUUCCUGUACUUUUCUCUCAUCAAUCUCAAUGAUUAGGAAGACUAGUAUUUUCAGUCGGGAACGAGAUCGUGAUCGCGACCGUUUGCAUGGAGAUCGGCGCCGAUUUGAAGCUGACUAUAACCGAAAUGGUUCUCGACGACGCACUUCGCGUUGGGGCGAUGACGAAAAACGAGGUGGCGACGGCGACAAUUAUUCAAGGUGAAACCUUAUGCCGUUCACAAGCUAUAAUGACAUUAUUCUUGUAGGAGGAGAUUAUCGGAGAAAGCACUAAGACGCUCACCGAGUCGUGAUAACGAACAACCCACAACUAAAAAAACCAACGGUAACUAAUAAUAGUCACGAUGUUUAGUAUUCCUUUGAUUUCCAGCUGACGAUGAAACGGUGUCUUCGACGACUUUAGACGAACUCAAACCGACUGGCGAGGGAGAAGUAAAAAGAGAACCGUUCGCGAAGCCCGAGGAACAUCAGAGAGAUCAAACUGAUGAAGUACCGAUGGAUGUCGAAUGA